UUUGGUGUGGUUAGCUCAACUCUUCUCACCCUCCCUGGCUGCCUCGAUCAGUGGCUCCCUGACUUGUUUGUAACACUCCUGUUCUUCUCUCCUACUUGCUGGGAAGUACACGAUCUCGGAAAGACUCUUGUAGCGAUCGAUGGCGUCGUCUCCGAGGGAGACGAUGGUGGUCACGCCGGAGAUGAAGACGGGGAGCGGGCGCCGGAGGCUGAGGUACCGGAUCGAGACGAGGGCGCUGUCCUACGUGCUGCCGGCGUCGUCUUCGUCGUUCUCGUGGGGCGGCAAGAAGGGAGGAGGAGGGGAGCGGCUGCUGCUGAGGAGCGUGACGUGCGAGGCGCCGCCGGGGGAGGUGGUGGCGAUCGUGGGGCCGAGCGGCGCGGGCAAGACGACGCUGCUGUCCGUGCUGGCGGGGUCAGCGGACCCGGGCAGGGUGGUGUCCGGGGCGGUGCUGGUGAACGGCCGCCCCAUGGACGCCGCCCGGUUCCGGCGCGCGUCCGGGCACGUGCCGCAGGACGACGCGCUGUUCCCGAUGCUCACCGUGGAGGAGUCGCUCCUGUACAGCGCGCGCCUCAGGCUGCGCGCCGCCCCGCCGGGAGCGGCCGAGGCGCGCGCGAGGGAGCUCAUGGCCGAGCUCGGGCUGCGGCACGUGGCGGGUUCCAGGGUCGCGAGCGUGUCGGGCGGCGAGCGGCGGCGCGUGUCCAUCGGGGUGGACCUCGUGCACGACCCGGCCGUGCUGCUGCUGGACGAGCCCACCUCCGGCCUCGACUCCGGCUCCGCGCUCCACAUUGUCAAGAUGCUCGGGGACAUGGCCGCGGCGCACGGCAAGACCGUCGUGCUCACCAUCCACCAGCCCGGGUUCCGCAUCCUCGAGCUGCUCGACCGCGUCGUGCUCCUCGCCGAAGGCGCCGUCCGCCACCACGGCUCGCUGCCGCUCCUAGAGGCGCGCCUGGCGGACUCGGGCCACUCCAUCCCGCCCCACGUCAACGUGCUCGAGUACGCCAUGGAGGCCAUCGACAGCCUCAAGCCCGACGUCGUCGUCAUCGCCACGCACGCGCUCACGUGCCAAGCAGAAGAACACGCCAUUCCAGUGCCCACGUCGUCCUCGACGUCUUCGCCCGCGGUCCGGCGCUCGGCGUACGCGAACUCGGCGGCGGCGGAGGUGCGCAUCCUGUCGGCGCGGUUCGUGAAGACGGUGCUGCGCACGCCGCAGCUGUUCGCGGCGCGGAUGGUGCAGUCGGCGGUGGUGGGCGUGUUCCUCGGCACCAUCUUCCUGGGCACCACGGACCUGCAGUCCAGGCUGGGAUUCUUCGCCUUCAACCUCACCUUCGUGCUCUCCUCCACUACGGAGGGCCUCCCGGUGUUCCUCCAGGAGCGCCGCAUCCUGGAGCGUGAGACAUCCCGGGGCGCGUACCGCGUCUCCUCCUACGUCGCCUCCAACGCCGCCGUCUUCCUCCCUUUCCUCCUCGCUGCGGCCAUCCUCUACGCGACGCCCGUGUACUGGCUCGUGGGCCUCGCGCGGGAGCCCGCCAGCUUCGCCUACUUCGCGCUCGUCAUCUGGCUCGUCAUGCUGACCGCAAACUCCUUCACCGCCUGCCUCAGUGCCCUGGCGCCAAACUACAUCGUCGGCAACUCCCUCAUCGCAGGCUUCAUCGGCUGCUUCUUCCUCUUCUCCGGCUACUUCGUCGCCAGCAAGGACAUCCCGCAGUACUGGGUCUUCAUGCACUACGUCAGCCUCUUCAAGUACCCAUUCGAGGCCCUCGUCGUCAACGAGUACGGCGGCGCGCGCGGCGCCCAGGAGUGCCUCGCCCAGGCCCCCGGCGGCGGCGGCCUCUGCGUGCUCGACGGCGCCAUGCUGCUGCGGCAGCAGGGGAUGCGGGAGAGCAUGAGGUGGAGCAACGUCGGCGUCAUGCUCGGCUUCGUCGUCGGCUACAGGCUGCUCUGCUUCGUCUUCCUCUGGUACAGGUGCCACCGCAUGAGGAGGUGAGGAGGAAUCGCGUUCUCCGGAGACGGCAAAUCAUGCCAUUGCCAUGUCCCAUUUGGCACGCACGCAGGCUUGCAAAUAGUAACCGCUCAUCCAAAAUUCGACCUCUUUCUUACUUUUUUGCUUGUGUCUUUUCCGAGACAUUUUUUAUCGUCGAUUCGAUUAGGUUGAAAAGAUUAUAUAUGUAUAUGUUGGGGAGAGACAUUGAUCAAGUUCUGGUGGAUGUUAAUGUUCCUGUGUAUCAGCAAUGAAAUUCAAUGAUGAUGCUAGUGGAGAAAUAAAUUUGAUCAUCAGGAAGGAGGUUAUUUGUUA